AUGGAGGCCAAAGCUGAGGGUUUUUGUAGUUUUCUUGUGGGGUUGAGUGGGGCUCCUGUGAAUUCGAAGGAACUUAAAUCAGCUUUGGAAAAGGGGGAUAUGAAGGCACGUGCGUCCGCUCUUGAGGCAUUGAUCCGGAUGCAUCUUAACGGCGAACCGCAAAAUCAUAUGAUCAUGACUGUAAUCAAGUUUAUCACUCCGCUUGAUGAUCAUUAUAUUAAGAAGCUUGUUUUAUAUUUCUGGGAAGUGGUAGACAAAACCGAUGCGAGUGGUAAGCUGCUGAGUGAAAUGAUUCUUAUUUGCUCGUUUCUGCGAGAGGACCUGCUUCAUCCCAAUGAGUACAUCCGGGGCCUUGCGUUGCGGUUCAUGUGCAAAGUAAAGGAAAGGGAGCUGGUGGAACCGCUUGUGUCGUCGGUGGUGCAGAAUUUAACGCACCGUGUUACAUAUGUGCGCAGAAAUGCUGUUCUCGCCGUGCAUAGGAUCUUUAAGAGGUUCCCCGAGUUGCUCCCGGAUGCAGCUGAGCUUGUCGAGAAGUUUAUUAGCGAGGAAAACGACGUAUCGGCCAGUAGGAACGCGUUUGAAAUGUUGGUGGAAUGUUCGCCCGAUCGGGUUGUAAAGUUUUUGGCAGAGUUGCGGGAGUCAAAGAAUUUGGAGAGUCUGGGAGCGACCUUGCAAAUGUCCAUUGUGGAUUUUGCAGGGCACAUGAUACGGGCGAAUCCUUAUGACAAAGGGAGAUAUGUUACGGUACUCUUUAGCAUACUUCAAUCAAACAAUCCAGCGGUGCGCUAUCAGUGUGCCUCAACGCUUCUAAGCAUCUCAACUUCCCCAACAGCUAUUCGCCAGGCGGCGUUAACGUUUAUUGAUUUGCUCAAGACGCACACUGAUAUCAGUGUGCGUCUGAUUGUGGUGGAUCAGCUCGAUGCAAUGCGGGAGAGGUUCAGCAAGAUUCUACAGGAUUCUCUGCUAGACAUUUUGAGCGUUCUGGCCAACGGCACGAUGGAAAUUCGAAAGCGGAUAGUAACACUUGGAGUGGAGCUCGUCUCCAAUCAAAACAGUGAGGUGUUCGUGCAGGCGAUUAAGAAGGAACUUUACUGGGUUAAAAAUGAGUGUGAUGUUGAUGACAAAGAGUCUUUGCUCGAGUACAAGAAGUUAUUGAUACGCGCUACCCGCACAGCGGUGGCUCGGCGGCCGCACAUGGCAUCAGCAGUGAUACCUUUGGUCCUGGAGUACCUGUAUGAGGAAGAUGACUCGGGGUUUGAAGUCGUUUCUCUCAUUCGAGAAGUUCUGCAGUUACAACCUUCGCUACGUAGCGAAACAUUGAGACAGCUCAGGCAGACGCUCCGUAUGAUUCGGUGCCCAUCAGUAAUUCGCACGGUGUUGUGGUUGCUCGGCACACAUGUGACAUCAGCAGACGACGCAUUGGAGGUUAUCAGACUCCUCAUCAAUACUUUGGAACCAUUACCCCUAGAGCCCACCGUUAAAGAACAGAUGAAACAACAAGAGGACUUCGACAGUCACAAGGGGGGGCAACAGAAGCCCCGUAUGCAGAUGACCACGAUCGUGCAGGAAGAUGGCACGUACGUGAUGUCGUCUGUACCCUCCAAUAAAACUCAGGAAGACGCGGAGGGUAAUGAUUCGAACUGUGGUCUGCGGGGGGUGCUUACGGGAGGAAAGUUUUUCAUUGCGGCACCGCUUGCCAGUACGCUCUCUAAACUUAUCAUUCGCCUGUUCAACCACCACAGCAGCGGUGUGGACGAGAGCACCAUGAAGGAAGCGCAAAAUAGCGCCAUCAUGCUGCUCAACGAAGUACUUCGUUUUUGCACGAUGGAUGGGGCGGCUGGUAUGAUUGAUGAUGCCACCCACGAGCAAAUACGGCUCGCACUCCUUAACAUUACUAAUCCCCGAUCGCCGCUUCUUGCGACUUUUGUAGAGGAUUCUUCAAAGGCACUCGACUCACUGACGAAUAAGGUGGGGUCCAUUGCGGGCGGUGAUGGGUUCGAUUUUAACAAAAGAAACAAUGAUAAUGUUGUUGGUAGGACCUCGUUCGAUGAGCAGCAAGUGGCGUUGUGCAGCGUGGACACACCUGUCAUGUUCACACAAAUCAUGGAAGGAAAGGGAUCGCUGCUAGAGCUGGAAGCCGUGGACGACUUGGGGUCCGUCGUGGCAAACGCAUCUAUCGAAAAGACGGAAGAAUUCCUUAUAAAACUUGAGAAGACGGUCCCCUUGUCUGGUUUCUGUGAUCCGUUAUAUUGUGAAGCCUCAGUCACGGUGCAUCAGUUCGAUAUAACUGUGGACUGGUACAUUGCAAACUGCACAGCAAACGUCUUGCGAGAUGUCUCGAUUGAGUUGACGCCACUUGGCAGCAUGAAGCUUUGUGAAAGACCACAAGUCCACACCAUACAGCCCCACGGUUCUGUUAGGAUCCGCACGGCGCUCAAGGUGGGUAGCCCCGAGACCGGCGUCAUAUGCGCUAGUGUUUUGUAUGAGGGUCCCCAGAACGAGCGGGGUUGUGUUGUUCUGAACAACGUCCGCGUCGACAUUAUGAACUAUGUUAGACCUGCCAAAUGCAGUGCAUCAGAAUUCCGGGACAAGUGGUGCAAGUACGACUGGGAAAAUGCUGUUGCAAUCAGAACAGAAAAAACAGAUAUGCGUGAGUACGUGGAGUAUGUGAUGCAAGGGACAAACACGCGGUUGUUGGAGCCCUAUCCAGAGGAAGACGACGAGGUGGUUUCUGCAUUUGAUGGGAAAGGUGACAAUGGUCACCGCUACGUGUCUUGCAAUAUGUACGCCCGCACGCUAUUCGGUGAUGACGCUCUGCUGAAUGUGUCCAUUGAGCGUGACGCGGAGGGAAAACUUAGCGGAAUGGUGCGAGUCCGUGCUAACAAGCGGCCUGUUGCCUACGGUUUUGGUGAGAAGCUCAAUAUACUGAAUCGACGUAUAGUGUCAUAA